UUUCCUAAUAAUGAACAACUCUCUUAAAACUGGGUAAUACAAUUCUUUCGAUCACUGUCGGGUACGAAGCGAAGAUAACCACACUUUCACUGGUAUAUUUCUUCUGGUUUACUUUUGCUGCGAGACGACCUCAGUUUGUAUCGAAUCGACUUCAUAUGUGUAUCGAAUCGUCUUCGAUUUAUAUCGAAACGACUUUGUAUCGAAACGACGACCAUGAACCGUUGACCUCACCGUUUCAUUAAAAUUGAAGGUUGGCAAGAGUGAUCAGAGUUAAAGACAUCUUUCGUGAAAAACAACUUUUUUAACUUCCCGUGACUUUGACCGCAAGUUCGCAAUUAAAACUAAUUUCCUCACAUAAAAUGGCCAUGCAACUCAAUCCCUCAAAAAUGGAUUCUUUUGUUGAAAGCUGGUCUACGAAGAGUGCAGUACACAUCUACGAAUUCAAAAUACGUAGGAAACUGACGUCAUGGUGUCUGCCGAAUUUUUGCGGUAUUUUAGAGCUGGAUACUUCAAUGUCUCCCUCUGGCUGAGGUUAUUCUGUUGUUUCCUUGUGCUGCACAAGAAACUGCUUAACCCUCACAGUGCUUCCAUCUCUCAGUCCACGUAUUAUAAAAGGGCAAUGGCGAUAAGUUAAGGAGACUUUAGAAUAAGCUGCUGGGGAUAGCCUGCUGUGGGUUUGCAUCUCAUCUAGGGGGGAGUAGCAAAGCUCUUAAUACUGCUUCAUACCCGGAUGAAAACUAAGUCCCGCAGAGCAGACCGGUUGACCCGAAUGGGACUUGAGCUUUUUUUACUCAGCAGACAGAAACGCUCGUAACAAUGUUUCCCGUACUUUCAUUUUCCUCAAUUUUUGAUGUGAACUUUUCCUCUUUCUUGAUCCGCAGUACGUGGUAUAAAGAUAACACGCGUGCGAUGUCUAGGACCUUACAACGAUUCGUACACGUGUCCUGGGCUGUCCGACCCUCCUGAAAGGACACACUGUUGUUUAUGGGAUGGUCAGCCUGCCUGUUGUCUUCCAGGAGGUUCGUCAUGCAGCGGCAGUCAUGCUGAUAAGAGAAAUUAUUGCCCGGGCCCCAACUAUGGAGAGGAACGGACGCAAUGUUGUUUAUGGAAUAGCCAGCCUGCUUGUUGCCCGCAGGGAGGUUCCUCAUGCAGUGACAGUGCUAAUAUCCGAAAUUAUUGCCCUGGUCCCGCUGAUGACGGGAGUAAUCAAACCCACUGUUGUGUAUGGAACAGUAAACCUGCUUGUUGCCUCCCCGGAGGUUCUUCAUGCAACGACAGUGCUGAUAUCCGGAGUUAUUGCCCGGGACCUGACGAGGGGAAUGAUCAAACGCACUGUUGUGUAUGGGACAGUAACCCUGCUUGCUGCCUUCCAGGAGGUUCUUCAUGUAGCGACAAUGUUAAUAUCCGAAAUUAUUGCCCAGGCCCCAAAGAUGGGAAGAACGCUCGCUUCUGCUCAGAGAGUAAUGGCAAGGUAUUUUGCAGCAAUGCACCCUUUUGGAUCACAAUCGGAAUUGUGUUGAAGUUCGUUGCUGUU